AAUUGUUGUUAUUUGUCGACCUCAACUGGUAGCAGUAAUAGCAUACUGGUAGAUUUAGGUGUUGGGGGUUUUGGUGUGUUAGGUGGCGGUUUAGGGGGUGUAGACGCCCAUUUUGUAGGUAGUAGAGAAGCGGCUGAUGUUAGCAGAGGCUUUGGCGGUUAUAUAAGUCAUAUUAACGUGAUGGAAGGAGAGGGAGUCUGCGGCGGCGGAGGCAAUGUUAGUGGACAAAUGUAUUCAGUUGCUAGCAAUCCCACCUCCACCACCAUCACCACUACUACCAAUAAUAUCACACAAACAGCCAAUGUCACCACUAGCAACAGCAACAGUAACAGCAGCAGUAGCAGUAAUCAAACGCCUUCCUCAACAUUUCUUUAUAAAUAUAAAGAACGUUUCUCUAAAAUAUCCACAACCACAAAUUAUAAUAAUCAUAAUACCAAUAGCAAUAGUUUGAAUACUUCUAUAACUACCACAAAAAAUGUCAACAAAAACAACAUUUAUAAUACUAAUAAUAAUAAUACUAACAAUAGUAAUAAUAAUAAUAACAAUAAUAACAAUAGUAAAAGUAUAAUAAUUCAACAACAU